AAAUUCCAGAGGAGGUUGAAUGUCAGCAUUUACUCAACACAACAAACGCAUAUGCCCAAAUGACAGCAAAUGGGUACUUAUCACAAGCCUUCCCUGUUGAAGAUGUACCCACAAAUAUACCAGGUUUGCCUCCACCACCGGUGAUAACAUGCACCACAGAUCCGAUGGAGUUGGAAGAAAUUAAAAGGACAAUAUUUGUAGAAAACAUUCACGACUCGAUUACCUCUGAACAGUUAAUGGCAUUUUUUUCUGGAGUUGGUGAAGUUAAAUAUAUGCGACUUUGUAAAUCUGAAGAACAAAAGUAAGUUGAUUCGAAGUUAAA